AACAAACACAUUGUCGGAGUGAGGCGGUGAUGAAAUCGAUAUAAACGCUUCUGUGUUUGCGUUAUGUGUUUAUUAUUAUAAACAUUUAAAUAUAAGUACCUAUCUAUGUCUGUUUAAACGUUUGUCAUUUUUUACGGCCUGCAGCAGUGUUCCACCUUGGGCAGCCGAGUCUUUCGUUAAAAACCGAUAGUGCUCCUCGGCCGUCUGUCGUGCGUUUUAUUUUUACACCGAAAGUCUUCCCUGGGCACCGUUCUAUAAUUAUCCUGUCCACCGGCACACGCUCUAGCCAUUUCGGAACGACAACCUUUUUGCCCGGAAUCUUCCGACGACAGUUACCACCACCACGCAGUUAUAAAGUCGUAUUACGGUGUUCCGUUAUUGAUACUAUUAAUUUAAUACAUUAUUCGUACACAAUAAAUAAGUAAAUCGAAGUCCUCCCGGCGAUAACAAUAUCAUCACCGACGCCACGGUCAGCAACGCAUUAGCAGCAAAAAUGGACGCCGAAUCGUUUUUGGAGUUCGCUAGUCAAGUGACCAAAUUGAAAAUGUACCCUUACUUUGAUGUGGCCCAUAGUGUACUGUGUGCGCUUCACGUACGUGACGACCUCGGACCGGGAGCACUGGCUUUUUCUCGUAAACACCCCAUAUCAUGUUGGUUAUCCACUAUGUUGGUUGUCUUCGCUGGUGGUAUGCUGAGUGCUGCGUUACUCGGUGAACCUCCUCUAGCACCGCUCAAAAACACCCAACAACUUGUGAUCGCUACAGCAGUCUGGUAUUUAGUGUUUUAUACACCAUUUGAUAUUGGAUACAGUAUUUCAAAGUUUUUGCCCGUGAAGUUGGUGUUUUCUGUUAUGAAAGAAAUUUACCGUUGCAAAAAAGUCCACGAUGGUGUGUUGCAUGCUGCCAAACUCUAUCCCAAUGCUUAUAUCAUAAUGAUUAUUGUUGGAACACUUAAAGGAAACGGUGCUUCAUUUACAAAAAUUAUUGAAAGACUAUUACGAGGAGUAUGGACACCCACAUCUAUUGAAACAUUACAACCAAGUUUUACUACCAAAGCAUGCAUUAUAGCAUCUGUAGUAUUCGUACUUGAUAUUAAAAGUGAUUUGAUAUCAGCUCCACAUGCAUUUGUCUAUGUUUUCGUCAUAGGUUUCUUCAUAUACUUUAAGGUGUUUUCUUCAAUGAUUUUGGGUAUACAUGAGCCAAUGUUGCCAUUUGAAAACUUAAUAUGCGCACUGUUCUUUGGAGGAAUAUUUGAUUACACUACAAAAGCGUUCAAAAGUAACAAAGAUGAAAAAUCAGAUACAAAAAAGAAAGAUUAAUAAUGAAUGUGUGGAUUAAAUUUUCUUUAUGUUUAUACAAUUAACUAUGUGAUUGAUUCUAGUCUGCAUUUUUUUUUGCACAAAAUCAAUGUUCCAACUGACUAUUAAUUAUGCAAUUUAAUUUAAAUGUAUUAUUUUUGUUGUAAUUGUGGCUAAGUUUAGUAUUAACAAUUUGUUGAAAUUGACUUUAUGUCUUUAAAUUAUUUUAUAAUUAUCUUAACAAUAAAUCAUAUAAAUGCAAAACACCUA